CUCUUUCCAUCAUUUUCGAAGGCUAAAGAGCUCGUGCCCACUCUUAGGCGCCUGCUCCCACGCUCCUUCGUUACUAUCAUCAUCUCUGCAAUGACUGAGCGUCCGCCCUUCGCUUCUAUCCCCAAAGCUGAUGGUGACCAGUACCACCAUAUCAUACCCAGAUUCAUCCUGCGCAGGUUCCAAGUAGGUGGUCAAAUGUCGAAAAAAGAGCGUCAGAAGGCCUUCAAACGCACCGGCAAGGAGCCAGGAGACGUCUUUUUUUAUAAUAUUGCUGCCCGAACCAUUCAAACCCGCCCUAUCGCGACUGUCUACGGGGUGAUGAACCUCUACAGGGACGUUCGCUCCCCCCUCAAUGUUAAUCACCUGGAAGAAAAACUCUCCCGACUUGAGAGUAACGCCGCCGAUGUCAUCCUACAGAUGCAUGAAGCGGUCGAUAAGGAUGGCACAUUUACCAUCACACGACAAAAGCUCGGCGGCUUGCGCCAGUUCCUCUUUCUCAUGCACUAUCGAACUGUAGCGCUUUCCGUUUCCCACGCCAACUCUGAUCAUCCUGGGAAUGCGCUCAUCAUGGAGCAGCUCAAACGCUUCGGGGAAAGUCUAGCCUUGCAUACGAGUUCUGAGAUAUGGCUCCAUUUCUUACAUUGUUUCCUUGAUGCGCAGAUAUCAGACGAUGGGGCUUCUCUUGUAAAGGAGCAAGGUUUAGCAACGUAUAUGGAGCUGGGACCAUUGCCCAGCAGUGUAGAUAUAUCAAGCACCCCUGCCGCAGUCUAUAAGCGACAGGCAGGUAUGUUCUACCUGGCUGUUUGCCAGCCAGCCGAUGACGAAGAGUUCGUCCUAACGAAUAGUGGACUCGGUUUAUGGGAAGGCUUAUCAGAGCAAUGUCACAUCCAUCGCGUAUUUGUCGUUGGGCCUCGCCUGGCCAUUAUUCUACGCAAUAGUCUGGUUCAUGCCCAAGCGAUUUCGUUGCUGGACAGCACUCUCGCUUAUAUACCACUACCGCACCCGACCUGCAGGUAUCACGACUCGGACUUUCCAGCCUGGGAUGAUGACCUGACUAGUGCUGAUCAGUACCGGAUGUCGGAGCAGGAUCAAUUUACUUUCCAAAUAACAAAGUUGACGUCGCAGCAGACGUUUGACGUCAACUCUGUCUUUCUUCUCAAUGGAAAUGACGGCGGGUCCCUCACAUUUGCGUCCAAGAAAUCCAUGAUGAAGACCCUGGAGCGUUAUAUUGACACCACAUCUGAACUUGAGGACCCGCAUAAAAGUCGGUAUGAGCCCGCCCUUCAUCAGCUACAGGCUGAGCUGCCUCAAUCACCCUCUCCCUUAACACAGGCUGAGAAGCUUGGUGGGAGCUUCCAGAAAGGCGGGACAGGUUCGGAAGCAGAGCCCCCGCCAUCUACACAAUCCGAGUCUUCGCAUGGUGCUAGUCCGUCAUCCACUGCAGCUGGUCCCCACGCUUCAAAUAUCUUAUCAAAACGCUUCAAAAAAUCGAAUAAUCGCAUUGUUAACGCAAAAUUAAAGGCCGAAGCCAUAUCGCCUCCAGCCCCGCAUCCCUCUGGCUCAUCGCAGGCGUCAGCGUCCCAAGACAGGUGGGAUCCGGUCACUCGUCCCAUUUCUGAGUCGAGGACCAUUCGAUAUAGCGACCGACACACAGAGGCAUUAGACGAAUUGAUGAUCGGAAUCAUCAUUAAAGAGAUUUCAUUCUCCUCGCAGUACGAACAAGCAUAUAGGCUCUACACAUUAUUCUCUGCGGUCCAGCCUCCUACCGUGCAUCCUUUCGCCAGAGACUGUGAUCGUGUGCUCUCCUGCAUCACCUCACGUUUUGAAGAACUUUUGAAACCUCCCAGCCGGCACGUUAGACCUCAGCAUAAUGCUUCGAGUCCUGUUCCACGGCCAAGUGCAGAUCAGCAACGCUGGGAUCUCUUGAUUACAAUUCUGGGAGAUAUGCUUGGCUUGGGGUGUGCUAAGAAUCCUAGGAAUGCAUGGGAAGAGAUGGCUAAUGGAGUGGUGGUGGUGGGGCUUUCAACUUGGGUUGUGAGGAAUAGGCCUGAUGUGGCACCUUCGCUCCAUCUCGCAUAGGUCAGUGGUGUUACGCAAAAGCAAAUAAUUUUUCCAUACAUUUGUAAUUUUAUGGCAAGCUCUGUAUAGGUAAGUAGAGAUGUAAAAAUGGUGGGUAGCGGAGUGUGUAAUAACACAGCGAUCAACUUUUGACUUCUUACCACGAUGACGACGGAUACGACACCGAACUAUUGGUCACCAGCCUCACUCCGGACACUGCGUCGUCGGCUUGAGCAAUUGAGUUUUGUAGAGACCUGCGGCAUGCGAUUUUUUUUCAGCGGCUCAUCUCUGAAUACCGGUCAAUCACCGACUAGGUCCCAGAGUUACGACCUGAUUAUUGCGAUGUUCGAUUCAUUCUUCUCUGGUCAGCUUGCUUU